AAAUAAAAAAGAAAAAAGGAUAAAAGCCAAAAGGGAAGGGAUAAGAAACGAUACAACGAAAACCCCCUCUUUUCUUUCUACUCGCCAACCCCCAAUUCCUGCCAAAGCUCUACAGAAACGGGGGCUGCUGUUGUAGUUGGGAGGAGUCGUUGGGGAUUCACUCUUAUCAUUCGCCCGACCUUCCUUUCCGUGACGCAGUUCAUCGCCUUGUUCACUGCUCGAUUAAAGCUUCAGUCUUUGACCUCACAGAGAUGGCUUCCUCGACUGCCCAGAUCCAUGGCCUCGGAGCUAUGGGGUUUGCCUCAUCCGGGUCAUCGAAGAAACCCACUUUCUCAUUCGCCCCGAAGACCGUCUUCCUCGGCCAAAACCUGGGGGGUUCCAGGACGGCGGCGUUCCUGAGGUACAACGGCGGCGGGAGUACAAGGCGGAGGAGCUACGGUCCGUUGAGGGUUGUGAGCGAGAAAGUUGUGGGGAUCGAUUUGGGUACCACCAAUUCCGCCGUCGCCGCCAUGGAAGGAGGGAAGCCGACGAUUGUGACCAACGCGGAAGGGCAGAGGACUACGCCGUCCGUGGUGGCGUACACGAAGAACGGGGAUAGGUUGGUGGGUCAAAUUGCCAAGCGCCAAGCUGUUGUGAACCCUGAGAACACUUUCUUCUCCGUGAAGAGGUUUAUCGGGAGGAAGAUGUUGGAGGUGGAUGAGGAAUCGAAGCAGGUUUCUUACAGAGUUGUGAGGGAUGAUAAUGGGAAUGUGAAGCUGGAUUGUCCUAUUUUGGGGAAACAGUUUGCUGCUGAAGAGAUUUCAGCUCAGGUGUUGAGAAAGCUGGUUGAUGAUGCCUCCAAAUUUCUGAAUGACAAAGUGACCAAAGCUGUUGUCACAGUGCCAGCUUACUUCAAUGACUCACAAAGGACAGCAACGAAGGAUGCUGGCCGUAUUGCAGGGCUAGAAGUCCUUAGGAUCAUUAACGAGCCUACAGCGGCUUCAUUAGCUUAUGGGUUCGAGAGGAAGAAUAACGAGACCAUCUUGGUGUUUGAUCUUGGUGGUGGUACCUUUGAUGUUUCAGUUCUUGAGGUUGGUGAUGGAGUCUUUGAAGUGCUCUCUACCUCAGGAGAUACUCAUUUGGGUGGUGACGACUUUGAUAAGAGAAUUGUUGAUUGGCUUGCUGCCGACUUUGAAAGGGAUGAAGGGAUUAAGCUUUUGAAGGACAAGCAAGCUCUCCAAAGGCUGACUGAGACAGCUGAGAAAGCAAAAAUGGAGCUUUCAUCUCUGACUCAAGCUAACAUUAGUUUGCCAUUCAUUACCGCUACCGCUGAGGGACCGAAGCACAUCGAGACCACUCUUACACGGGUCAAGUUUGAGGAGCUGUGCUCUGAUCUCCUAGAUAGGCUUAAAACCCCAGUUGAGAAUUCUUUGAGGGACGCAAAACUUUCCUUCAAAGACUUAGAUGAAGUCAUUCUCGUUGGUGGGUCGACACGUAUACCCGCAGUACAAGAGCUUGUGAAGAAGCUAACGGGGAAGGAUCCUAAUGUCACUGUAAAUCCCGAUGAAGUCGUUGCUCUUGGUGCUGCAGUUCAGGCUGGAGUUCUGUCUGGCGAUGUUAGUGACAUCGUGUUGUUGGAUGUCACACCAUUAUCUAUCGGGUUGGAGACCCUCGGAGGAGUUAUGACAAAGAUCAUCCCUAGGAACACAACGCUGCCAACAUCCAAAUCAGAGGUGUUCUCAACUGCAGCAGAUGGGCAGACCAGCGUUGAGAUCAAUGUCCUUCAAGGCGAGCGAGAGUUCGUGAGGGACAACAAAUCUUUGGGAAGCUUCCGUUUGGAUGGUAUCCCACCGGCGCCACGUGGUGUUCCUCAGAUUGAGGUCAAGUUUGACAUUGAUGCCAACGGGAUCCUCUCAGUGACUGCUGUCGAUAAGGGCACUGGGAAGAAGCAGGAUAUUACAAUCACUGGUGCUAGUACUCUGCCUAGUGAUGAGGUUGAGAGGAUGGUACAAGAAGCCGAGAGGUUUUCCAAGGAGGACAAGGAGAAGAGAGACGCGAUCGACACCAAAAACCAGGCAGAUUCAGUGGUGUACCAAACGGAGAAGCAGCUGAAGGAGCUCGGAGACAAGGUCCCAGCUCCAGUCAAAGAAAAGGUCGAGGUCAAGCUUCAAGAACUCAGGGACGCGAUUGCUGGAGAAUCCACCCAGACGAUGAAAGAUGCGAUGGCCGCUCUCAACCAAGAAGUGAUGCAACUCGGGCAGUCGCUCUACAGCCAGCAGGGCUCUUCAUCUGCCGGCGGUGAAGGUCCAGCUCCUGGAGGUGAGUCUGGUCCAUCCGACUCCUCUUCGACAAAAGGGCCUGAUGGCGAUGUCAUCGAUGCAGAUUUCACCGACAGCAAGCGAGGAAGUAUAGGACUGUGCGCGUCAAAGCCUGCUGCUCCGGCGGCGGAGAGAGUCUCUUCCGGCGAUGUCGUGAAGAGACUCUCUCAGCAGCCGGCAGCAGCACAAUCGGGGCCGGCAGCUGUUGUUGCUACUGCUGCUGCUCCUCCAGCUAAUCCAGCUUCGAUUUCGGCGUCGACGACGUUUGGAGCAUCGUCGGGAGCUCUGUCUCCGUCGAGAUCGCAGAAGAUGAAGGGGCUGUUCAAGCACAAGCCUCGCACUCCUGCCGAUAUCGUCCGCCAGACUCGCGAUAUCCUCGCCUAUGUUGACCGCUCUUCCUCCUACUCCACCGAUUUGCGCGGCGACGUCCGGCGCGAAGAGAAGAUGGUGGAGUUAGCUAAAAAUAUGAGGGAGUUGAAGACAAUUCUUUAUGGCAACAGCGAGGCAGAACCAGUGGCAGAAGCUUGUGCACAGUUGACUCAAGAGUUCUUCAAAGAGAACACACUCCGCCUUUUCAUUAUCUGUCUUCCGAAGUUGAAUUUGGAGACCCGAAAAGAUGCCACUCAAGUUGUUGCUAAUUUACAGAGACAGCAAGUUCAGUCUCGUCUAAUUGCUUCUGAUUAUCUGGAAAACAACACAGAUCUCCUGGAUAUUCUAAUAGUUGGUUAUGAUAAUGCAGAAAUGGCUUUACACUAUGGUGCAAUGUUGAGGGAGUGUAUACGUCACCAGUGUGUUGCAAGAUAUGUCUUGGAGUCUCCAGAAAUGAAGAGAUUCUUUGAGUAUAUACAGCUCCCUAAUUUUGAUAUUGCUGCUGAUGCUGCUGCAACUUUCAAGGAGCUCCUAACAAGACAUAAAUCUACUGUAGCUGAAUUCUUAUCAAACAACUAUGACUGGGUAAGUUCUUUUUUUGCAGAAUACAACUCGAAGUUGCUGGAAUCUGAGAAUUACAUGACCAGGCGACAGGCUGUCAAGCUAUUAGGAGACAUGUUACUGGACCGGUCAAACUCACGUGUGAUGACAACCUACGUGAGCUCAAGGGACAACUUGAGGAUACUCAUGAACCUGCUCAGAGAAUCAAGUAAAAGCAUCCAGAUAGAGGCAUUUCAUGUUUUCAAGCUCUUUGCAGCUAACCAAAACAAACCUGCAGACAUUGUGAGCAUACUUGUGGCAAACAGAAGCAAGCUUCUUCGUUUGUUUGCCGAUUUUAAGCCAGACAAAGAGGAUGAACAAUUCGAGGCAGAUAAAGCGCAGGUGGUGAGAGAGAUAGCGGCGCUCGAGCCUAAAGACCUUGCAUGACCAAGCAAAGGGGUGCUGCAUGCAUUUGUUGUAUCACAAUACUACUUUUAAUUGUAAUUCAUGCAGGUAAUCCAAUCCUUCUGAACACACCUUGCCUUCUUCUUUAAGUUAAAAAGAUAGCCAGCCGCCUCAACAAGGCAUUGCUCCUUUUCCCCAUCCCCCUUCCCUCAUGAUUUCUGGUUAAAUUUGUUGACUUGGUGCUCGACUGAAGAGAGGAAUAAAAGAGAGGCUUAAUUUAUUUGCAGUCUGAUCCUUUUUUCCAUUUGCGAGUAGGAUUUCUGUUUCCGUUGAUGAACCGAAAUUCUUGUGGUUUCGGUGAUGGACGUGGCUAUAAAUCAAAGUCCAGUUCUCCGAAUCGUGAAGAGUAAUCGGCUGAUGAUGAUGAGCAACUCGGCGGGCAAAAGCCGCUCGUAGGAUAUCACCAUGGCAGCAGGGAAGAAGUCAUCAAAGCGGUUGAGGAACGCUGCCGUCGUCGUCCCCGUCGAUAGGCUGAGUAGGGUGGUUUUCGUCGUAGUCAAAACAGGGAAAGUUUUUGGUGAUAGAAAAAAAACCAAACUACCAAC